UUCGGCCUCUCCCGUGCGACUGCUGCUACAGCCUGCAGCCCAGCUCCCCGUUCCCCCGCAGUCCCGUCUGCUGGCUGCUCCGCGAGACCGCGACCGCGCCGUUCCCCCUCGGUCUCGGCGGUGCUCCCCGGCCUCGGCCGCCGUGCUGCUGCCGUCGAUCCCUGCCUCCGCUGCGCCGCCGAGGCCGAGGAACGCCGACUCGCGCAGCUGCUCUGCGCCCCACUGCUUCUCGCCAACGCGGCGACGUGCCGCAGCCAGGCUGCUGCUUCGCUUCGCCCCGGGUAAAUUCUUGGACCAGGUGUUGUCUUCCUUCCUUUCACUGGUGGGAGGCAUAGAUGAAUCAAACCACUGAUUUGGAAUAUUGUUGUCCUGUCUGAAAGUUAUCUUACGGAGAAGGUGCCUAUUAAGUUGAGUUUCUGCAUUUUCUUCAAGUGACGAAUUACAGUGGGUGCUCCAAUAUGUCUAUGCACCCUAUGUCGCUCUCCUUACAACCCUUCACUGCAAAUUCAAUAAACAAAUAUUCUUUAAGGAGCACUAGUACGAAUUAUGACCGUGGUUUUAUAAAGUUGUUGCCAAUUGGAAGAAGUAGUGGACAUUGGGCCACAAAUUUCAGACCAAAUUCUGUGUCUAGGCCUGAAACUUCUGUAGGACAUGAUUGUGUAGUGGGAGAGAAUGAUGGUGUGAUCAUAGUUGAUCACGGGUCACGUCGACAAGAAUCUAAUCUCAUGCUACAUGAUUUUGUUAGCAUGUUCAAGGCCAGGACUUGCUACAAUAUUGUUGAGCCUGCUCACAUGGAGCUGGCUGAGCCUACUAUUAAGGAAGCAUUUGGAAAAUGUGUGCAGCAGGGAGCAUCUCGGGUUAUUGUCACUCCAUAUUUCCUUUCCCCUGGACGACACUGGAAGCAAGAUAUUCCUUCUUUAGCAUCAGAAGCCUCUAAAGAGCACUCGAGGGUACCCUACAUCAUCACGGCUCCUCUUGGAUUACAUGAGCUUAUGGUGGAUAUUAUGAAUGAUCGCAUCAAAUACUGCCUGAGGCACGCUGCAGGUGGAGUCGAAGCAUGUGCGGUAUGUGCCGGGACUGGAAAGUGCCGCUUUUACUCUUGAUGGGAAAGACAACGGAGGCUACUUUGCUCAGCAGUCCUAUAUCGAUAAUUUUGGAAAUUGUAUACACCAACCUUGUUUCUCGCAAAUGAGCGGCUCAAAUGCCUGAGACCCCAAGUUUGAUUUUGUGCAAGUUAAACCCUGUUCCAUGCCAUGUUACAGAACCUAUUGUUGUUAACAAGUUUUAUCGAUGGAUGUCAACGGUUUGUUCAGUUUGUAGAUAUAGAAUGUGUAAAUUUGUCAGGUAAGAUGUGAAUGAAACAUUAACCGAAGUGAAGGACAUCCGGAGAUUUUUGAGAAAUUC